AUUUUAAAAUACCGUAUUGGCACUCUUUUUGCAACUUUUACGAUGUUCUCACUAUAACAAUGGAGAUAAGACUGAGAUAAGACGUUAUUGUAACCUACAUAAUUCCCUGAAUGAUAGUGACACAGCUGCUCGCUCAAAUGAGUUCGUGAAGAUUUCCUGAUAAACAAUUCAAGAGUUAUCCCUAUCUUUUGAAAAUUACAUCACCAAUAUGACUAGUCUUAUACGACUUGUUGUUAGCAAUUAUAACGAGGUUUUAAAAAACGUUAGAGAUCCAAUGGUGGAUACUUGGCUUCUAAUGGAAUCUCCAGGUCCUAUGUUAUGUAUUGUCGGCGCAUAUUUAAUAUUUGUUUUAAAAGCUGGACCAAAAAUGAUGGAAAAACGGCCGGCUUUUCAGCUGAAUACCGUUAUGAUCUUAUAUAACGCAUUUCAAGUACUCUUCAGUAUUUGGUUGACAAGUUUGAUAUGGGACGUCGAUGUUAAGAAUUUCUUUUUUAAUCAUGGAUGCAAUAUUCGUUUGUCACCUAAUUUACAGAACACAAACGCACAAGCGAUGUCACGAGGCGCUUGGUGGUAUUUUUUCUCAAAAAUUAUUGAGCUUCUGGACACGGUAUUUUUCGUUUUGAGAAAGAAG